AUGGAGCACCUGUGUCCAUUGUAUCGGACAGGGAUCCUAGGUUCACUUCUCGAUUUUGGAGGUGUUUACAAGAAGCUAUGGUUUAAGGAUGCAUGGGAUGUUCACCUUGCCUUGGUGGAGUUUGCUUAUAAUAACAGUUAUCAUUCGAGUAUUGGGAUGGCUCCUUAUGAGGCGUUGUAUGAGAGGCAGUGCAGGACUCCUAUUUGUUGGAAUGAAGUGGGUGACAAGAAACUGGAAAAAGUGGAUAGUAUCCGGGUAACAAAUGAGAAGGUGAAGUUAUCUCCAUGGAAGGGUGUGAUGAGAUUUGGGAAACGUGGGAAGUUAAGCCCUCGUUAUAUUGGACCCUAUGAGAUUACGGAGCGAAUUGGACCUGUUGCUUAUAGACUUGCUUUACCCCCAGAACUAUCUCGAGUUCAUGAUGUAUUCCAUGUAUCCAUGCUCUGGAAAUACAUGCCAGACCCUUCUCAUGUAUUAGAAUAUCAACCUAUGGAGUUAGAAGAAGAUUUGUCGUAUGAGGAACAACCAGUACAGAUCUUGGAUAGGAAAGAACAAAGGUUGCGUUCUAGAUCCAUCUCGGUAGUGAAAGUUUUGUGGAGAAGCCAAACUGUUGAAGAAGCUACUUGGGAACCCGAAGAGCAGAUGCGGGCUAAGUACCCUUAUCUCUUCCAUUGA